CAUUGCGUGCACGGACACAACGGAUGAAACUAGCAGGGAGAAACCCGUCUACAGUAAAGUUGCUUUAAUUGGAUGUAGCUAAAAAAAGUUUUUGUGUGAUUGACGAGUCACGACUGUGUGUUGGACAUCCCUUGUACGAAAAUGAAAGACGGACAUUGCGGAUUCUACGGUUUGAUUUUCGUUUUCAUUUUUUUACUGCACUUCACAAAUGGCGAGCUUGACUAUUCAAUUCAGGAGGAGAUGAAGCUUGGUUCUAUCAUUGGAAAUAUAGCAAGGGAUCUUGGGAUUGAUGUUGGAAGAUUGACUGCUCGCAAAGCUCGCAUUGAGACGGAACGAAAUAUAGCAUACUGUGAUAUAAAUCGUCGUACCGGAGAACUGACCGUUGCGAAGAGAAUAGACAGAGAAGUGCUCUGUGGCGAAAGGGCUUCGUGUUUUGUCAAAUUUGAGCUUCUAUUUGAAUCUCCAUUAGAAUUACAUCGCAUGUCACUGAAAAUCGACGACAUCAACGAUAACACACCACUGUUCCCGAAGGAUACAAUCAAACUGGAAAUUACAGAAUCCGCUGACAAAGGAGCUCGCUACCGCGUCAACGCGGCCCAUGAUGCAGAUAUAGGCCAGAAUGGCGUUCAAAGCUAUAUUCUUCAGGAAAAUAAACAUUUUAUUUUAAAUACUCAAACCACAAGUGCUGGAAUCAAAUAUGCUGAAUUGGUUUUAAAUCAAGAAUUAGACAGAGAAGAACAAAAGGGAAUUCAAUUAUUGUUAACGGCUAUUGACGGUGGAUCUCCCCAGAGAUCAGGUACUCUAACCAUAGACGUCACUGUGUUGGACGCUAAUGAUAACGCCCCAGUGUUUAGUCAGGCCGUGUAUGAGGCCAGCCUGCCUGAAAACUCUCCGUUGAAAACUCACGUGAUCACUGUCAGCGCUACUGACGCAGACGAGGGCGUUAAUGGAGAGGUUACAUAUGAAUUUAACAAAAUGUCAGAUAAGUCACGAACGCUUUUUUCACUUGAUCAGAAAACAGGUGACGUUACUGUUAUAGGUGACAUUGACUUUGAAGAAGGAUCGAAAUAUGAAAUAUAUAUAGAGGCCAAAGAUGGUUAUGGUCUCUCUACUGACACAAAAGUUAUUAUAUGUAUUACAGACGCCAAUGACAAUGCUCCAAUCAUAUCGGUAAAAUCGUUGACCAAUCCAGUGCCUGAGAAUGUAUCACCUGGUACAGAGGUUGGAAUAAUUAACGUGCAGGACAUGGAUUCAGAACAGAACCGACAGAUCCGCUGCUUUAUUCAACAUAACAUGCCAUUCAAACUAAUUCCUUCUAUCAAAAACUAUUAUUCACUGGUGACCACCGAUAAACUAGAUCGCGAAUUAAUGCCUCAUUAUAACAUUACAAUUACUGCUAUCGACGAGGGCUCUCCACCUCUGUCCUCAUUAAAUACUGUUCAAGUCGCUAUCGCUGACGUCAACGACAACCCACCUGUGUUUGAGGAACAGUCGUAUAGCAGCUAUGUCCCUGAGAACAACAAACCGGGCCACAGCCUGUGUUCUGUUAAGGCCCAUGACCCAGACUGGAGACAAAACGGUACAGUGAUCUAUUCUCUUUUACCUGGUGAAGUCAACGGUGCUCCAGUCUCCUCUUAUCUAUCUGUUAACGGGGAUACCGGAGUUAUCCAAAGUGUCAGGUCAUUUGAUUAUGAACAGUUUAGGACUUUUAAAGUCUAUGUAAUAGCACGAGACAACGGUUCUCCUCCGCUCAGCAGCAACGUGACUGUGAGUGUCCUCAUAACGGAUGUAAAUGACAACACUCCUCAGAUACUUUACCCCACGCCGGAGGGAAACUCCUUCAUGACUGAACUGGUACCCAAAGAUGCACAAGGAGGUUCUCUGGUUUCCAAGGUGAUAGCAGUUGAUGGGGACUCUGGACAGAACGCCUGGCUGUCCUAUCAGAUCAUUAAGUCCACUGAUCCGGGACUUUUCAAAAUCGAUCUGCACAGUGGGGAGAUCAGGACCCAGAGAGACAUUUCUGAUUCUGACAACAUGAAACAGAACAUUGUAGUUGCUGUAAAGGAUAACGGACAGCCCUCCCUCUCUGCUACAUGUUCCAUGUUUUUACUGAUUUCUGAUAACUUGGCUGAAGUACCAGAACUGAAGGACAUGGCUGAUGAAGAUAGCAGUUCCAAAUUAACAUCUUAUCUGAUCAUCGCGCUGGUAUCCGUCUCCACUUUUUUCCUGACUUUCAUUAUUAUCAUUCUGGGAUUGAGGUUUUGUCGGAGAAAGAAGCCCAGACUGUUAUUUGAUGGAGCGGUUGCUAUUCCCAGCUCUUAUCUCCCUCCAAACUACGCAGAUGUGGACGGUACUGGAACUUUACGCAGCGCAUAUAAUUAUGAUGCAUAUUUAACCACUGGAUCUAGAACAAGUGACUUUAAAUUUGUCACGUCUUACAAUGACAACACACUGCCUGCAGACCAGACCCUGAGAAAAAAUCCAACAGACUUUGAAGAAGUGUUUGGAGACCUUGAUGUUUCCCCUGAGGUAGGCAUAAUCUAGAUUUUUUUCUUAAUAUGUACAGAAAUCCAAACACAACAAUUUCUACUUCGUUUUUCUUCACUGUUUUACAGUUGAUCAUUGUUUAGCAUUAACAACAUGGACGACGCAGUGAGGAAUGUAAGGCAGUUAGUCGGUUGGGUGUUUGACAUAUUUUGAGCACUACCCUGAAUACAUUUCUUGCACAGGUCAUAACAAUUGGGAUAG